CGGGAGAGGCCACAACAGUGAGAGGCCCGCGUACAGCAAAAAAAAAAAAAAAAUGUUAAAUGCAGGCUCUUGUCACCUCCUUGCUGAGUUGUUGCAACCCCCCCCCCAACUGUUCUCCACACUUCUGGUUUCCCCUGCAGACCCCAACUCCCAUUUCUCAAUUCAUUCUUCAUGUAGCAUCCAGACUCAUGUUUUAAAUAUACCAAUCUGGGUGGGUCCCUCUCUCACUCAAAACUUUUGGUAGCUCCCCAUCACAAUUACAAUGAAAUCCAAACCUCUUUUCUUGGUUUUAAACCCCUCAGGAUGUGGUCUCAGCUUACCUCCCAAGCCUCAUCUCUGUUCCUUUUAUGUGUACUCACUUGCACAGGUUAGUGCACUUCAUACUCUCUUUUACCUCCAGUCUUUGCACCUUCUAUUCCCUCUAUCAGGAACGCCCUUCACCAUCUUUGCCUUGAUACUAAUGCCUGAAUCACCUCUCCCCCAGGCCAAGUCUGAUGGCUUUACUGUGGGCUGCCAUAAGCCCACUGUCACGGAACCCACACUAGUCUUUGAGCUCCCAGAGGUCAGGACGCUCAGUAAAUGUUUGUGAAAUAGGAAGCUAAAGAGAUGGAAUGAAGGAAUUCCCUGGUGGUCCAGUGGUUAGGACACCGCACUUUCAUUGCCGUGGCCCGGGUUCAAUCCCUGGUCAGGAAACUAAGAUCCUGCAAGCCACGAGGCACAGCCAAAAAAACCCAAAGAGAUGGAAUGAAAAGAAGUAAUAGGUUAGACUAGGAAGGCAUGAAAGGCAAAGUUGCAGGGCCUCAAGUAGCGGGGAGGAAAACAGAACUAGCUGAUGCACACCCUGAAUAUCACUUACGUGCCACAGGACACCAAGACACCUCAGGAACUUUCUGCCCAGUGCAACAGAGGGAGGGCUUCAGUUUCCAUCACCACCAUCCUCAGCCCCAGCCCCUCCAAAAACCUCCAAAUGAAAGCAUAACAAGCUAGUAAGAGGAAUAAUAAUAUUUGAGGGGCCAAUUGUUAUUUUCUCAAUCUCAUGAAAUGUGACUAAAAUCAUCUUUAGAAACCUUGCUUUUUUUUUUUUAACCUGCAACCUGCAAGCUAAGUGAAAACUCCCUCAUGUUCAAGAACAUUCAUAUCAACAUUUUUCAUACUAGCCAAAAACUAGAAACGAACCAAAUGCCCAUUAACAGAAAAAUAGAUAAGUAAAUUAGAGUAUAUUCACACAACAUCACAUCACAAUGAAAUAAAAAUCACUGAUACACACAACAAUAUACAUGAAUCUCACAAACAUAACGUCGAGAGAAAGAAGCCAAACACAGAUGAGUAGAGUCUGUGUGAUUUCAUGUGUAUGAGGCUCAGAAGCUGGAAGAACUAAUCUAUAGUUGUAGAGGUCAGAAAGUGGUUGGUUAUCUUUGGAAGGUAUGAACUGGGAGGGGGCACAAGAGAACCCUCUGGGGACCUAAAACUAUGUUGAACUGGAUGGUGGCUACAUGGCUAUAAACAGAUGGAAGAGUUCAUCAGGCUGUCCACUUAGGAGAAGUGCACCUCACUGUACCUGAGUUCUGCAUCAAUAGAAGGGGGAAAUCCUUAAUGAUUUUACAACAGUGUAUUGGCUUUACAAGUGCAGCUGCAAGACAAGUCCCUUUGCUGUCCCCACUCCGCCCUAGGUCACCACCCUUAAGCUCCACCUGUGUGGAAUUCUGAAGCAUCCCCUGUAGAGAACUUUAGCAAUUGCCACAUUCCUUGAUCCUGGAAUGUGUUUGUUUGGGGUUAUAUAAAUCUGAUCUGUGGAGCCCACCUGAGGUUGGGAUGAGGUGGAGGGCAUCCUUCAGCAGUGAGACAAGACCUCAUCAUACGUGAGUUCAUGGCUCAUCGUGAGCUGAAUCUUCCAAACCAGAACACUUUUGAGAGUAAAAGGGGGUCCAUGAAUAUUUCUACCAGGACAACAGGCAUAACCCAGGAUGUACCAGGCAGGAGGGAAUAUAAUGGAACUUUUGAUAUGAAACCUUCCAGGCAAACUGGAAAAUACACACACUGGGACAAGUGUGACUUGAGUCUCUGGGACAAGGACAGGGGUGCAAGAGGAGGAAACGUGCACAGAGAGAAGCCUGUAACCAGCCAAGGGUGCAGAGGUGUUAUACAUAAUCGCUCUUCAGGGAACCGGGCCUCCAGCCCACGCCCCAGCUGCUCCCCUUCUCCUCGUCCUCUGAAUUUACUGUCCCUUCUCUGGAACUCCUAAGCCUGACCCCCGCUCCCUGGCCCUCCCAGCCCACGGUUCCCCUGACCCCACUCCCUUUCCCAGAACUCAGUCGUCUGAGCCCCCAGCCUGCGGUUCUCUCCUAGGCCUCAGCCUUUCCUGCCUUCGACUGAAACAGCAGCAUCUUCUAAGCCCUGGGGGCUUCCCCGGGCCCCAGCCCCGGCCUAGAACCCGCCCGCCGCCUGCCACGCUGCCACUGCCGCUUCCUCUAUAAAGGGACCCAGGCGUCCCGGCCAAGGGGCCCCGCACAGCAGGUUCUCCCCAUGACACCACCUGGACGUCUCUACCUCCUGAGGGUGUGCAGCACCCCCCUACUCCUCCUCCUUCUGGGACUGCUGCUGGCCCUGCCGCCCGAGGCCCAGGGGCUCUCUGGUGUUGGCCUCCCACCCUCAACUGCACAGCCUGCCCAUCAGCACCCCCCGAAUCACUUCACCCGAGGCACCUUCAAACCUGCUGCUCACCUUGUUGGAGACCCCAGCACCCAGGACUCACUGCGCUGGAGAGCGAACACGGAUCGCGCCUUCCUCCGCCACGGCUUCUCUCUGAGCAACAAUUCCCUCCUGGUCCCCACCAGUGGCCUCUACUUCGUCUACUCCCAGGUGGUCUUCUCUGGGGAAGGCUGCUUCCCCAAGGCCACCCCCACCCCUCUCUACCUGGCCCACGAGGUCCAGCUCUUCUCCUCCCAGUACCCAUUCCACGUGCCUCUCCUCAGCGCUCAGAAGUCCGUGUGCCCAGGGCCACAGGGACCUUGGGUGCGCUCGGUGUACCAGGGGGCUGUGUUCCUGCUCACCCGGGGAGACCAGCUAUCCACUCACACAGACGGCAUCUCCCACCUGCUCCUCAGCCCCAGUAGCGUCUUCUUCGGAGCCUUCGCUCUAUAGAAAAAUCCAGAAAGAAAAAAUUUGGUUUCAAGGCCUUCUCCCCAUUUUGCCUCCAUUCUGACCACUUCAGGGGUCACCACACCUCUCUUUUGACCAUUCCAUCAGUCUCAAGUCUUCCCCCGUUCUCGGCACCUGGAGCUUCCAAAGAAGGAACUCUAGGCACCCCAGGGGACCACACCUUCCUGAACCACCCCGGAUGCUCGGCUGAGGACUUCAAGCCUGCCUGGAAAUGCCCACCCAGAGCCCUUCGUCUGCCCUGCCCGUCUAGGGGGCCUUGCCCUGGACAUGGAAGGGGAGCUGACACAUGAGGGAGCUUGAGUGGAUGACUGGGGGCAGGGAGGGGGGUUAUUUAUGAAGGGAAAAAAUUUUAAAUUAUUUAUUUAUGGAGGAUGGAGAGAAGGGGGACGGCAGAAGAAAGAGAUAAUACACCCAAGAGACGGAGAGUGAGAGGGCGUGGGCACAAGGAUGACCUAGCAAGAGAGAAAAAGAGUGGGUCUGAGGGACCAAGGGGCUCUGGAAGGAAGUGAAAGGCUCCUAAGAGCCAGCCAUUGCCUGACUGGACAACCCACGAGGAGACGUCUGACCCUUG